CUCAUCCUAAUUGUAAAUGGAUUAGGUGUGGGGAAAAGAUUGAAAUUUUAAACUCAAGUAUGCUAACUUCCUUGCUUCAUACAGGAGGAUAAAUGAUUUGAAGAAAUUUUUAGAUCUCCCUUCUUAAAAAUGAAAGAUGAAAUUGCCACAACAAUUUUCUUCAUCACAAGAUUGGUGAAAAAAUCUGACAAAUUGAGUAAACAACAAAUAGAAGAAUUCGCAGCUAAGCUGAUGGCAAUAUUAUUUGAGACAUACAGGACACACUGGUACCCAGAUAUUCCUUCUAAAGGACAAGCUUUCAGGUGUAUCAGGAUAAAUAAACAACAAAAAAAAGAUCCCCUUCUGGAGAGGGCAUGUGCUGAAAGUAAUGUGAAUUUUUUUCAUCUGGGACUUCCAAAGGAGAUGACCAUAUGGGUAGAUCCCUUUGAAGUAUGCUGUAGGUACGGUGAGAAAAACCGUCCAUUUAUAGUUGCUUGUUUUAAAGGCAGACAGGAAGAAUGGGAAAUAUCUCAACAGAUCAGUCAUGCUGUCAGCAAAGUCACAUCUGACUACUAUUCUGGCACCUCCUCUGAUGAGGAUACAUGUGGCAGAGAGCCUCAAGUAAUUCCUAAAGUCAGAAAUCCAAAAAGCAUUUAUCAGGAUCUGCUUUACACACCGCCCAUGGGGAAGCAUGCUGUCUGCCAUCUGCAGGAGAAAUACAACAAACACCCACACGCGAGCCAACGGAAAACUCUCAGCAAAACAAAUACUCUGCUGGGGAGAUCCCAGCCUGGCCAGGCCCACAUGUGUGCAGAGGGCGGGAAAGGGAGCACCUGCCCCUGGAGCCACUCCUUUUACCAGCGUCCUGGGCUGGCCAUCAGGAAGUUACCUGGGCCAUUAGAGGUUUGUGCCUCAUCCCAUCAGCCCUUCCAGAUCGUUCCUCUUCAUGGACUCUAUGUUCCAGCCAAAUUUGCCUAUUUGCUAUUUCCUGGACCCGACAUCCCAUCUCCCACUACCAUGCUUCUGUCAAGACUAUCAUACUUCAGGCUUGGAAUAAACUCCCUUUUCCUGGAACUUCCACCAAGGAUUAUAACAGCAUUUCCCAUUGCUUUCACGUUGGCCCGCUGGAUUCCAGAGUCAUUGCCUCGUAAUUUUGAUGACUUCCUUCAAGACUCAGCUCAGAUCUCAUCUUCUGCAAGAAACCUUUUUUGGUACCCCCAGAUGCUAGUACCUUUCUCUCUCAAUUUAUCUUCCAUUUAUUCUGUAUAGGUAUUUUAUUAACAUGUUAUUCCCUCCCCCCUUAGAAUGUAAGCUCCCUAAGGGCAGAGACUGAUGUUAAUUUUUGUUUUUGUUUUAGCCUGGCACAUAAUACUUAAUAAAUACUUAUUGACUAA